GUCACACAGCCAUGGCAGGCUGGAAUACCCUGUUUAUUAUAUGGAUAUGCUUUGUUUUUACAGUCGUGAAUGCAAGACCCAAUGUGGAGGAAUUUGCACCACCCGAUCCAGAAUGUGGCUACAGGACUUGUCCAGCUACCUCUGACACCAUGCUGAAUGUCCACCUAGUACCUCACACACACGAUGAUGUAGGCUGGCUCAAGACGGUGGACCAGUACUUCUAUGGAUCAAGAAAUGACAUCCAGCAUGCGGGGGUCCAGUACAUUCUGGACUCGGUGAUUCCUGAGCUCCUCCGUGACCCCAUUAAGAGGUUUAUUUAUGUGGAGAUCGCAUUCUUUGCUCGCUGGUGGAGGGAACAGGAUGCUGCCAUGAAGGAAAAUGUCAAACAACUGGUCAAUGAAGGUCGCUUGGAGUUUGUGUUGGGAGGUUGGUGUAUGAAUGACGAGGCCAGCACCCACUACAACGCUAUGAUAGACCAGCAUACUCUGGGCUUCUCUUUCCUGCAGGAGGAGUUUGGGGCCUGUGCCCGCCCCAGGGUGGGCUGGCAGAUAGAUCCUUUCGGGCAUUCCCGAGAACAGGCAUCCAUGUUUGCACAGUUUGGAUUUGAUGGACUUUUCUUUGGUCGUCUGGAUUAUCAAGACAAAGACACCAGAGUGAAACAGAAUAACAUGGAAUUUGUCUGGAGAGGAAGUCCUAAAAACCUUGGUAAAACAUCAGAACUGUUUACUGGAGUUUUAUACAACCAUUAUGUUCCACCCCCUGGAUUCUGUUUUGAUGAGCUUUGUAAUGAUGAACCAAUAAUGGAUGAUGAAAGAAUGCAUGAUGUCAACAUACAAAGCCGUGUUCAAGAUUUCAUCAAAAUUGUCAAAGAUCAGGCCCAGCACUUUCACUCCAACAACAUAAUGAUGACUAUGGGGAGUGACUUCCAGUAUUCCAAUGCUCACACCUGGUACAAGAACUUAGACAAACUCAUCAAAUAUGUUAACCAGCAGCAGAGUAAUGGCAGUGACAUCAAUGUGUUGUACUCCACCCCCUCCUGUUACCUGUACAAUCUGAAUCACCUGAAUCAGGUGUGGAAUUCUACAAAGGACGAUUUCUUCCCCUACGCCAGCCGAGAAAACACCUUCUGGUCUGGGUACUUCUCUAGCCGAGCUGCACUGAAAGGAUAUGCCCGUAAAAGUAACAAUUUCUUGCAGGUAUGUAAACAACUGGAUGUUCUAGCAGAUCUCCGACGUGAGGGUAACUUUGCCUUAGAGAACCUACGUGUGUUCAAGGAGGCACUAGGAGUUGUUCAGCAUCAUGACGCUAUAUCAGGGACAGAGAAACAGCAUGUUGCAAAUGAUUAUGCUCAGAGACUAGCUGUUGGGGCAGAGAGGUGCCAGCUGGUAACAAAUGCAGCCUUUGAGAAAUUAUUACCAAAAGGCUCUGAUAAAGCUCCCCAACAAGUCUACUGUCCUCUUACUAACAUCAGCUACUGUGACUUCACUGAGCACCAAAAACAGUUUAUGAUGACUGUCUACAACCCACUGGGUCACAUUAUCACAGAUUUUGUGAGGAUUCCUGUGUCAGGGGGUCCUUAUAGAGUGGUGGAUCCAAAGGGGUUAAAUGUAACAGCACAGCUUGUACAGGUCACCAAUGAAACCAAGAGAAUACCUGAGAGGAAAAAAUCCAUAGCCACCAACGAGCUGGUCUUUAUGGUAGAGAUACCUCCUCUGGGAUACAGCACUUAUUUUAUUGUGGAAACUAACAAUAUGGAUGAGGCUACCUCACAAUCCAGUAAAAUUGUCUCCUUACCAAGAGACCAGUCAGAACUACCACUGUACAUUGAUAAUGAUGAAUAUUUGGUGAACUUGGAUAACAUUAAUGCAAACACUUUGGGAUUGUCCAACAAGAGGAAGAAUAUCUCCAUUCCACUUAACCAAGCCAUCUGGUGGUACGAAGCCUUUGGUGGUAACUGCAGUAAGGGAGAGUUCCAGGCCUCUGGUGCAUAUGCACUCAGAACUAAAGGAGAGCGCCACAGACUUCAGGAUGACACUUCAGUUUAUCUUACCAUGGGAGAAUUGGUGCAGGAGGCCCACAUGAAUUUUGGACCUGAGGCGACACAAGUGAUUCGGCUGUAUAAGGACAUGCCUUUUGUUGAAGUUGAGUGGACUGUUGGGCCAAUUAAUAUCAAAGACAAGCUUGGUAAGGAGUACAUAACUCUGUAUGACACACAGUCAAUGACCACUGGGGACCUCUUUUACACAGAUGCAAAUGGCAGAGAAAUCUUGGAAAGACAACGAGAUCACAGAAACACAUGGAAUUUUAACAACACGGAGCAUGUGGCUGGCAACUACUACCCUGUCAACAGCCGAAUCUUCAUACAAGAUAAGACCCAGAACCAGCAGCUGACUGUGUUAACAGAUAGAUCUGAGGGAGGCAGCAGUCUGGAAUCAGGAUCUCUGGAGCUUCUGGUUCAUAGAAGGUUGUUGUAUGAUGACCACUUUGGGGUGGGUGAACCCCUGAAUGAGACAGGGGCUGAUGGACAAGGACUCAUUGUCAGGGGAAAGCAUUUGAUGAUUUUGGACACCAUUAAAGACUCACCUGCUCUCCACAGAAGUCUAGCUCUCAAGUCCUACAUGGCUCCCUCCAUUUCAUUUUCUGAACUAACCAUGACACCAGAGCAAGCCAUGUCCAAAUACAAUACCCAGUGGUCAGCUUUGAAAAAGCCCCUUCCAGCUAAUGUCCACAUGUUGACCCUGGAACAGUGGACAGACACUCCCAAAAUACAGCCAAUCGAAAUCCCCCAGAUACUGAUUCGGUUUGAACAUAUCUACGAAAAAGAUGAGGACACAGUUCUCUCACAAUCAGCAGUCGUUGAUUUGACUGAUUUCACUACAUUUAAAAUUGUUACAAUGGUUGAACUUACUUUGGGAGCCAACCUUCCAUUGGCUGAACUGAAUAGGUUACCAUGGGCAUACAUACCAGAUACUAAAGAAGAAUCCCUCACUAAGGAGAAACUAUUAAACACAGCCAUUCCCAGAUCCCAAAGCAUCAUCUCUCUACAGCCAAUGCAGAUACGAACAUUCAUUGCAACACUGGAUAAAAUGCACUAGCUUAUACAAGACAA